GUAGUUGGGCGGGGUCAGCACCGCCCACUUCCUCUUUCUCCUCCGAGCCGGCGGCUGAGGCGACCAUGGCGAAAAUCAAGGCCCGGGACCUGCGAGGGAAGAAGAAGGAGGAACUGCUGAAGCAGCUGGAGGACUUGAAGGUGGAGCUGUCCCAGCUGCGGGUGGCCAAGGUGACGGGCGGAGCCGCCUCCAAGCUGUCCAAAAUUCGGGUUGUCCGCAAAUCUAUUGCCAGAGUCCUGACCGUCAUCAACCAGACCCAGAAGGAGAACCUCAGGAAAUUCUACAAGGGCAAGAAGUACAAGCCCCUGGACUUGAGGCCGAAGAAGACCCGUGCCAUGCGCCGCCGGCUGAAUAAGCACGAGGAAAGUCUGAAGACCAAAAAACAGCAGAGGAAGGAACGCCUAUACCCUGUUCGCAAAUUUGCUGUCAAGGCCUAGUUUGUGUCUGUUAAAUAAAAGACAGAUUAUUGUUGUAA